ACUCAUUUUUGCAACACACAAACGACACGUUUCAAACAAUCACUUUUUAUUGGAUUUCCUCAAAUCAAUUCAAUAUUUUCAUUAUAACAAGAUGGAAGAAAUUCCUAAUCAAGAAAUAUCAACAGAUAAUCAGGAUAAAGAGAAUAAUGUUCUCACACUUGAAGUGUUGUGCAUAAUCAAACAAAGUCAACUUCAACAUGGUCUAAAACAUGGUGAUUAUCAACGUUAUCGACAAUAUUGUGCCAAACGUUUACGAAGAAUUCGUAAAGCUUUAGGCUUUGUUCAAAGUGUUGGAUCGAAAAAUCGUACCACUUAUCAACCGAAACCGGUGACACCACAAAUAGCAUUUGAGGAGAAAAAUCAAAGUUCUAAAAAUGCCAUCAAAUAUCUUUACAUUCCAUUGAUUUGUGCGGAACGUAGCUGGGCAUAUGCUAUGCAAUGUAAACAGGAAGCAAGCACUGAAACUCGGCGUAAAUUUCAUAUGAUUCGUCGCUUACGGAAAGCCGUUUAUUGGUCGACUAAAUUACGUGAUCUUUGUAAUGAUGAGAAUAGUCGUUGUGAUGCACGGACUAAAUUGGAAACCUGUGCAUAUGCUGAUUAUCUAAAAGGUCUUUAUUAUUUUGAAUUGGACCAAUGGCAACAGGCAUCCGAUUUGUUGAAUUCGGCACAAAACAUCUAUGAACAAUUGUAUAAAGUGUUGAAAGAUGAAGAAAUAAUGAGCUGGUACAAACAACGAAUAGAUGAAAUCAAACCAACAUUACGAUAUUGUGCAUUCAAUAUUGGUGAACAAAAAAUUGGCGCCAAAGAACUGAUCAAAGAGAUUAAAAAUGAUCAAACACUUUCGAAUAAAAUUGAUCAAUUAAUCAGUCAGACAACUGAAAAACAACCAGAUGCGUUUGAUGUCGAAUGGUUGGGCAAAACAAUGUUUAUCAAACAUGAUAAAAUUCUACGAUUUUUGGAUCAGAUCAAAGAUACGAAUAAUGAUUGGAGUCAGCUUAGUUUUUUCGAACAAAUGAUUUUCGAUUGUCGUGAUUGUCUACAAUUGUUACGUGAUAAUAAUGCGGAUAAAUCAUCACAAUAUUUUUAUCUUACCUAUCUUCGUUUGGAUUUGAUUAUCAAACGAAAUCGUUUGUUAAUUACAACCCUACAAAAUCCAUCCGAUCUACUACGACAAUACGAAGCCAUUAUUGGAUGUUAUAAUGAGAUAAAAUUAAUGAAUCUAUCACAAUCAUUUCCGGAUAGUUUUUUGGUGGAAAAAUUUAUGGCCGAAAUCGAUGCACAGACCGUUGCAUAUAGAGCAUAUCGAUGUUAUUAUAUUGCACAUGUGGGCAAAGAAAAUUGGAAAGAAUCGAUUGCAAUGUUGAAUCGUUCAGCACAUUAUUGUCAAGAAUCGCUGCAAAGUGAAUAUGUUUCAAAGGAAACCAAACAAGAGAUUCAAAAACUUUUGAGCAAAGCCAAUACUGAAACAUUUCAAAUUUAUGGUGAAAACAUUUCCAAGGAUACGACAGAACCAGAAUCAUCAUCAUCAUCAAUACUUGAUGAUAAGCCAUUGAUUGAACGUCUUGAUACGUUUAUUGAUGACCCUGAAUUAUUGAGUGGCAAUUCAUCAUUUGUUCAAUUACCAUCAGAAUAUCGUGCUAUACCUGCUAAGCCUUUGUUCUUUGAUUUAGCCUUGAAUCAUAUACGAUUUCCUAAUCUAGAUGAAGAAAUCAAUGCCAAUAAAACGCAAGGAGGUCAAUCCGGUCUAACCGGAAUGGUUAAAGGAUGGCUUGGUGGUUGGCGAAAAUGAAAUUUCUUGUAAUAAUAAAAUAUUAUUAUGAAUUAAUAAAGCACAUUAGUAUGAUUUUUUUGAUUUUAA